GGAACUUCCGUUUCUUCGCCGGAUGGAUGUCGGAAAAAGGAACGUCUUUGGUUCGUCAUUCCAUACCAUUUAGCUGCUUCUCAGACAUCUGUGAAGAACAUCUUCUUGAGCAGUAAUAGUAGACCUCAAGGAUGGAGCAGGAUGAGUCCCAGCCCCUCUAUAUAAAAGUGAAAGAAGAGGAGCCCUCACAAAUAAAAGAGGAAGAGGAGGAGCCGCAGUACCGCCAUAUUAAAGGGGAAGAGGAGGAGCCAAAGCAGCCCCGCAUUAAAGAGGAGGAUGAGCCACAUACAUUUUACAUUAAGGAGGAAAAGGAGUCACAGCCCUCCUUCACAGUACAGAGAAAGAGGAGUCAUAGCUCCGCUCACAUUAAAGAAGAAGAGGAGGAACACCGCAUCAGUCAGGAGGGAGAGCAUGUUGAAGGACUGGAGGAGGUUCAUGUCACCAAGAUGCCAGUGACUGGUGUGAUUGUGAAGAGUGAAGAUGAUGAAGUCAAAAGUGAAAGUGAGGAGAAGAGAGAGGUGCAUUCUUCAAGCAGCAGCUCAACUCAACACAUGACAACAGAAGACCACUGUGGAGGAUCACAAGCAGACAAGCUCUUAGCUCCACUAUCAGAUAGUGACGACACAACGUCACACUCUCCUGACACUGAUGAUGAAGACUCUAAAGCUGAUAAGACAUGUCCCACUGACAACACACGCUUUAAAUGUUCUUACUGUGACAAAACUUUCAAUCACCAUUGUCGUCUGAAAACACACAUGAGAACACACACUGGAGAAAAACCUUUUUCCUGUUCAAUCUGUGCUAAAGAUUUUACUCAAAAAUACAAUUUGAAAACACACAUGGUAACACACACUGAAAAAAAACCUUUUUCGUGCACAGAAUGUAGUAAGGGAUUUGCUCAUAAAUGUAUGCUGAAAGAACACAUGAGAAUACACACUGGAGAAAAACCUUUUUCUUGUUCAAUGUGCGGUAAAGAUUUUACUCUAAGGCAACAUUUGAAAACACACAUGACAAGGCACACUGGAGAAAACCCCUUUUCCUGCUCAGUAUGUUGUAAAGGUUUUACACGAGCUAAUGAUUUGAAAAGACACAUGAGAAUGCACACUGGAGAAAAAACAAUUUCUUGUUCAGUAUGUGGUAAAGAUUUUACACAAACUUGCUAUUUAAAAGUACACAUGAGAAUACAUGCUGGAGAAAAACCUUUUUCUUGUUCAGUAUGUGGUAAAAGUUUUACACGAACUUGUGAUUUAAAAAUACACAUGAGGAUACAUACUGGAGAAAAACCUUUUUUCUGUUCAAUCUGCGGUAAAGGUUUUACACGGAUUAGUGAUAUGAAAACACACAAGAGAAUACACAGUGGUGAAAAAACGUUUUCUUGUUCAAUCUGUAAUAGAGGUUUUACACGAACUGGCGAUUUUAAAAUACACAUGAGAACACACACUAGUGAAAAGCCUUAUACAUGUAUAAACUGCAACAAGAGCUUUUGUCAACAAAGAACCCUAGUAGUACACAUGAGAACACACACUGGAGAGAAAUCGUUGAGUUGCAGUGUGUGUGGGGAAAGAUUCUCUUACGAGUACCAGUGUAAGAAACACACGUGUGCUGGUGAGAACAGCAGCAGCAAAUGAAGCUGCAUGAUUUGAAAUAAACUUACAGAACUUGUGUAACAACACUAGCACAUACACUAUAUUGCCAAAAGUAUUUGGCCACCCAUCCAAAUGAUGAGAAUCAGGUGUCCUAAUUACUUGGCCUGGCCACAAAAAUCAAGCACUUAGGCAUAGAGACUGUUUCUACAAACAUUUGUGAAAGAAUGGGCCGCUCUCAGGAGCUCAGUGACUUCCAGCGUGGAACUGUCAUAGGAUGCCACCUGUGCAACAAAUCCAGUCGUGAAAGUCCCUCGUCCUCCUAAAUAUUCCAAAGUCAACUGUCGGCUUUAUCAUAAGAAAAUGGAAGAGUUUGGAACAACAGCAACUCAGCCACCAAGUGGUAGGCCAUGUAAACUGACAGAGAGGGGUCAGCGGAUGCUGAAGAGCAUAGUGCAUAGAGGUCGCCGACUUCCUGCACAGUCAGUUGCUACAGUGCUCCAAACUUCAUGUGGCCUUCCAAUUAGCCCACAUACUGUACACAGAGAGCUUCAUGGAAUGGGUUUCCAUGGCCGAGCAGCUGCAUCUAAGCCAUACAUCACCAAGUCCAAUGCAAAGCGUCGGAUGCAGUGGUGUAAAGCACGUCGCCACUGGACAAUAGAGCAGUGGAGACGCCUUCUCUGGAGUGAUGAAUCACGCUUUUCCAUCUGGCAAUCUGAUGGACGAGUCUGGGUUUAGAGGUUCCCAGGAGAACUCUACAUUUCGGACUGCAUGGUGCCGAGUGUGAAAUUGGGUGGAGGAGGAAUUAUGGUGUGGGGUUGUUUUUCAGGAGUUGGAGUUAGUUCCAGUGAAAGGAACUUUGAAUGCUCCAGGAUACCAAAACAUUUUGGACAAUUCCAUGCUCCCAACCUUGUGGGAACAGUUUGGAGCGGGCCCCUUCCCCUUCCAACAUGACUGUGCACCGGUGCACAAAGCAAGGACCAUAAAUACAUGGAUGACAGAGUCUGGUGUAGAUGAGCUUGACUGGCCUGCACAGAGUCCUGACCUGACCCCAAUAGAACACCUUUGGGAUGAAUUACAACGGAGAUUGAGAGCCAGGCCUUCUCGACCAACGUCAGUGUGUGACCUCACCAAUGCGCUUUUGGAAUGGUGAUCGAAAAUUCCUAUAAACACACUCCGCAACCUUGUGGACAGCCUUCCAAGAAGAGUUGAAGCUGUAAUAGCUCCAAAAGGUGGACCGACAUCAUAAUGAACCCUAUGGGUUAGGAAUGGGAUGGCACUUCAACUUCAUAUGUGAGUCAAGGCAGGUGGCCAAAUACUUUUGGCUAUAUAGUGUAUUUGUUAAUAUGCUUCCGCCAUUUUUAGGUUACAUUUUUUUGGUGUUUUCAUUCCAGCUAAGUAUAUGUAUUAAUAUAAGCUCUGUUUCUUCCUACUCCUUUUCAGACAUGUUGGAAUGUGAAAUAGUAGACAUGUGAUGUAUACACUGUAAUUGUAUGCAUGUUGAAAAUAAACUAAUGCAAA